AAAAACAAACUGAGAGGAGUCUUCUGGAAAAACUCAUUGAGGGAGAAAGUCUCAGCCCACCAGGAUCUGACAAGAGCAAGGUAGGUCAAGGCCAAGUCACACCAUGAAAGAAAGAUGAGUCCUGUGUGAUGGAUGUGCUGGGGUAAGAUGAGGCAGGAGAUGCUCACAAAGCUGGUGCACAGGGAUGUCUCUCAGAUCAUUUACACCUUAAGUAAUUGAAGGAGGACAGGAGAACAUGUCACAUGUCGUUGUCACCAAAAUAGAAGGUAACAAAAUGUGUUAGUCUGGCUAGGGAGUAAAGGCUGACAGAACUUGCAUCAUAGCAAGGAGAGAGGAAAGGUCUAAGAAAAGACUGGUGUUUUUGUGAAACAAAGAGCAGUUCUUCAUCCUGUGCAAACCAAAAGCCACGUACUGUGGUUUUGUGAUAAAAACAUUAUUUUUUAACUUUAAAUAUUUAGUGGCACUUUUCUCACUUUCUUUUGUUGUUUUUUUUUUUGUUAAUAUGCACUAAUUGAAGAACUAUGUAAGCAUUUCAGGUACCAAGUAAGAAAUUGCACAGUCAUGAUCAUUACAAACUGGAAGUGAAUGUGCUAUUUUCUCUAGCCAAAUUUGCUCUAUUUCAUUUACUUGAUUAAAAAACUCAGUCUGCCUUGCAGAAAUCUGUAUCACUCUUACAGAACUUGCUGCAUCCUUUGAGAGACCAGUGUCAGAAAAGAAAGGUAAUUCCAGUUUGAUUUUUAAAGACUGAAGACUGAAAACAUUAUAUUUAUGCUUUGUGAUAUCCUAGCAUAUACUUCCUUUUUAUGAAUGUGAAAACAUAGGACUUGUAGUUUUGUGGUUGCUUUUUUUGUUGGGUUUUUUUGUUUGGUUGUUUUUUUUGUUUUGUUUUGUGUGUGUGUGUGUUUUGUUUUGUUUUAAGCAAGAGAGUAACUACAGAGAAUAUCACAUCUUCAUUCAUGCAAGGACAGAUCAUCGGUACAGGAAAUGAUCUACAACUGAGCAACAGCACAUGCAUUUUAUCUGUGUGUAUAUGUGCGUGAAUUUAUAAUGUACAUGACUGCAUGUAUAUUUGCAAACAGAUAUGUGUGUACAUAUAUCAACACAGUAUCAACAUACUUUUCUCCGAGAAGUAUCCUACCUCUUCAUUUGCAGGAAAUGUCCCCAGCCUUUGACUAACCCCUGCAUUUACCACUGAUUUGUGUGGAUUACCUAAAGCUAGGAGUGUUAGGAAAGGAAAGCAGGCAGGCAACUUCCUGAUUUAUGUGGAAAAAGAGGUAUCAUGCCACUGUCUGUCCUCAUGGGAAUAUCACAAUUGUCCUGAGCAGCCAGCUCUGUGUCCUGCCCCACAGAUGUGCUCCAGACCAAGGCUAUGUCCUUCCAGUUUCAGUGUCUGGUGGCUAUUUUGUGCAGCCCAUUGCUUGCCAGAUGAGUCUAACAGGAACAAAAUACCUCAAAGUGACCAGUUUGUGCCAUGUCCCAUUUCCUGCUCUUGCAGGAUUUUUUUUACUUAACUUUUUAACUUAAGGUUGUUGAGUUCCAUCAUGUGUAAUUAAUAAUGCUGUGUGCCUCCAUUGCUCCCCUUCCCCAGUAUGAAUCUCUGAUGGAGGAAAUCUGCUGAGUCCCAUGUAGGUGGUUCUCAAUACCUCAUAUUUCUGCUUGUGUCCUGGGGAGAGAAGAAAAUUCACAGCUUCUUCCAUUUCCAGAUUAUAAGGCUGAAUUGUGUGCCUCCAUAGCCAUUCUGUCUCAUUGGCCAGCACACAUCCAUUUGAAACUGGAGUUUCAAACUGGGGUUUGAAAUGGUAACUAGCUUCCUACUGCUUAUCCUUUUUCUUACUGAAAGGUGAUUAGACCCUGAUCAUUUAUGCUGUUUUCUAGCAGAUUUCCACCCAGACACUUUUUGAAAAGUGAAUGACCAAUUGGAAAAUCUUUCAGCUUUGACAUCUAAGAACAUGUCCAUCUUUUCACUAUAAUGAUGAAGCUCUUGGUCUCUAGGAUAACUAUCUGUGGCAAUUCUGUGAAACAGCUCUUGUAUAAACAAUGUUGCAGAACUUCCUCUCCACAUCUCAAGUCUGAUUUUAGGAUCACUGAGAGAAUAAUUGUUUUAUUUGUUGUGAUCAACAGUCAGGAAGAAGUUCAAGGGAAAUAUGUCGUCUGUGUUUUAUUUUUCCUUUGGAAUUUAUUAGAUGUGAUCAGGCACACUUACAACAUGUUGGCAAGGAUGGGCAUAUACUACCUACCACUAACAUGGCUCAACUUCUCACUACCCAUCCCAGUUUAUCCACUUUCAGUUCUGGCUAAAGGAUUUGCAAUUUGUGUAUCACUGCCUUAUUUUGAAUCCUUUGGCACAUACUCCAUCAAGCUACCAUUUCCAUUCACCUUCUCAAUCUACUUCCCCUAUGUUCUGAAAAUGUACCUGCUAGUGCUCUUUGCAGGUAUGUGCUUUAUCAUCUGGAACCUCUUCUCUGAGAGAACAGCACACCUAGGGACAGGCAACAUCAAAAAUAAAAGAAACUAAAUUAAUAUUUUGUUUGGAGGGACAAAAUAUAUUACUAGGGGAUUGCUGUACAUCAUAGUUAAAAACAAACUGGACGAAGAUUUCUCAAUGCAAAACUCCUUUGUAUGAAUGUUAUCUGGCUGUGUAGAAUUUUCAGAAAAGGCAGAUCUCUUGAGUGCACCUCAAAAAAAAGAGCAGGUUUUGAAAAAAUGUGAAUGUUUUGACUUCAAGUGGCCAGAGUUUUUAAAAUUAUUUUUUUCUAACAUAUGUUAUAGAAUUCUGAAAAAGUUGAAAAGUGCUGCAACUCAUAGCUACACCCUUACUGCAGUGUUAAUUCUUAUUUCAUUAGCUACACAUAUUCUGUGUCCACAAUAUCAUUUACCUGUAAGAUUACUUUAUACUAGGCGAACAUAUAUGUACCUCACAUAUAAAUGUUAAAUUAGCUGGAAUUGAAAUUUAUCAAGGAGCAGAAGUCAGACCCUUUGCAACCUAGAGACCAACACACUGAUUAACCCAGGCACUGACUAAGGAUCCUUCACAUUCAGGCCCCAUCCUUCAGUUAUCAAAGAAGGUUCCAGACAAGGCAGCUAAAUCAGAAAGGCAAGUGUUAAGGUACUCAUCUACUACAUAUUCAAGGGAAUGUUUAAGGGUCAGAAAUAAACACUUACAAUCAUGUGUUUGGCAUGUCACUCUCUUCCCCCACAAUGAUAUUCUUCUAUGCUGAACAGUAGACAGAUACUUGAAAAAGAAGUGAGAUGUAGUCAGGUCAAAUAUGCUGUUCCUAAAAGGGAACUGAAUGACUAUCAAAAGCCAUGUGUAAAAUUCUAGGCAUUUUACUCAAUUAUAUUGCUCCUCAUACUUCUCUAGGAUAAUCUGUGAAAAUACAACUAGAUCAUAGGCUUUUCAAAGGUUGGGAGUGAGGAAUAUACACAGCAACCCAGUGGAUUUUACAGGCAAAAAUAGCCAAGUAAUUCCUUAGAGGCUGGCAGGAGCUUUUUAGAUGUUUCACCUGUAUUGAUUACCAUUACAUUUCAAUUCAAGCGUGUGGGGGAGAAAAGUAAGACUUUCUUUUUUUCCUUUAGCUGACUGAAAACUGUGGGAAGGGAGCCUAGAUAAUAGGAGUAGGAGAGAAGGUAAUAUUUAAAGGGAAACUAAACACUGUUACAAUAAUGAAGAGGCUUUUGCCUGUAUGACUUUUCAAAUGGUGCAGCCUAAGAGGUUAUAUAAGGAAACACUGAAGCUAAAUUAAUUUGUUAUGACAGGCUCUAAUUUUUAUUUAAUACAUGUGGCAGACAACGUGUGCAGACUAUUUUGACCACUGAGUAUUUGCAGACCAUAUGCAACAAGAUCAUGCAUAGAAUAAUAUAGUGUCAACCCUGCUUCAUUUUUUUUAAAACCACUGCAGACAGAAAUUUAGAACUGAGUAGAGAAACAGGAGUGCUUGCACUUUGGGUUUCUGUCUGACUCAAACUGAUUCAACUGUGAACACUGUGAAGAAACAUACAGAGCCACUGAAUAAGAUGACAGUUUUGAGGACAGCCAGAGUAAGUCCACAUUAUACCACUAUAUAACUUGCUAAAGUUGAGUCAUGAACAUUUUUUCCUUGAAAAUUCAAUCCAACAUGCCAGACACAGUUGGUUCCAGCCAGUUCCAAAACUGAGUCACUGCAGGACACUGCUGAGCCAAACAGCAAAGAUGAUGGCAUGGCAUCUUCUCUGAAAACUCAAAAAAAGGUGCAGCAGCUGCAGGAAAGAAAAGUAAGAAAAAUGGAAGAGAAACAGCUCUGUAGACACCAAGGUCAAUGGAGAAGGAGAGGAAGAGCUACUCUAGGUACUGCAGCAGAUUCCCCUGCAUGCCAUGAAGAAGACCAUGGUGGAUUAGGUUAUCCUGCAACCCAUGGAGAAACACACCAGACAAGAUAUCCACAUGACAGCCAGUGGAAGACUCCAGACUGGAGCAGGUGGCUGUGCCCUGAGGGAAGCUGCAGCCCAUGGAGAGCCCACACAAGCAAAGCAGGAACUGUGGCCCAUUAGGGGCCACACUGAGGCAGCUUUUUCCUGAUGGACUGUACCCCAUGGAAAGGACCUAUGCUAGAGCAGUGCUUGAAGAGCUGCAGCUUGUGAGAAGAAAUCAUUCAGGACUGUAUCCCAUGGGAGGGACCCCAUGCUGGAGCAGAGCAACAAUGUGAAGACAAACAACCAGCAGAGAUCAAGGUUUAUUACCUAAAUGCAACCCCCACACCCACCUUGUACUGCUUGGGGAAGGAGGAGGUCGAAAAUGCAGGAAUGAAGGAGUAAAGUGAGCCUAGGAAGAAGGGAGGUGUGGGAGAAGGUAAUUUUAGUUUUGCCUUUUUUCUUUCCAUCCUACUCUAUUUUUAAUUGGCAAUAAAUUUUUCUUCCACAAGUUGAAUCUGUUUUUGUGACA